AUGAAAUUGCCUAAACCACCCAUGGAGGGCCAUUUAGGACAGAUUGUUAGGUUGAUAUCGGAGGCUAAAAAGCCAAUUCUGUAUGUGGGUGGUGGGUGUUUGAAUUCGGCUGGAGAGUUGAGGCAUUUCGUGGAGCUUACUGGAAUUCCAGUGGCAAGUACGUUGAUGGGUCUUGGGGCGUACCCAUGUUCUGAUGAGUUAUCGCUUCAUAUGCUGGGAAUGCAUGGUACUGUUUAUGCUAACUAUGCUGUGGAUAAGAGUGAUUUGUUGCUUGCAUUUGGGGUUAGGUUUGAUGAUCGUGUGACAGGAAAAGUGGAAGCUUUUGCUAGCCGGGCGAAAAUUGUCCACAUCGAUAUUGACCCGGCGGAGUUAGGCAAAAAUAAGCAACCCCAUGUGUCCAUUUGUGCAGAUAUGAAGUUCGCUUUGGAAGGUUUGAAUUCGAUUCUGGAGGGUGAAAGAGCUAAGCUUAAAUUGGAUUUUUCAGCAUGGAGAAAGGAGCUAAAGGAGCAGAGAAUGAAUAACCCUUUGAGUUUCAAGACUUUUGGAGAUGCUAUUCCUCCACAAUAUGCAAUUCAGGUUCUUGAUGAGUUGACCAAUGGAGAUGCUAUUAUAAGUACUGGUGUUGGGCAGCAUCAGAUGUGGGCGGCCCAGUUUUACAAGUAUAAUAAACCUCGACAGUGGUUGACAUCGGGUGGAUUAGGGGCUAUGGGAUUUGGAUUGCCUGCUGCUAUUGGAGCUGCUGUUGCAAGACCUGAUGCAGUUGUGGUGGACAUUGAUGGUGAUGGAAGUUUUAUCAUGAAUGUUCAAGAGUUAGCUACUAUUCGAGUGGAGAAUCUUCCAGUCAAGAUAAUGUUGCUUAAUAACCAGCAUUUGGGUAUGGUUGUUCAAUGGGAGGAUCGGUUCUAUAAGGCUAACAGGGCUCACACUUACCUGGGAAACCCAUCGAAUGAGGCAGAGAUUUUCCCUAAUAUGUUGAAGAUUGCGGAGGGUUGUGGUGUUCCUGCAGCCCGUGUGACACGGAAGGGAGAUCUCAAGGAUGCAAUACAAAAGAUGUUGGAUACCCCCGGGCCAUACUUAUUGGAUGUAAUAGUGCCUCAUCAGGAGCAUGUCCUACCUAUGAUCCCUAGUGGUGGAGCCUUUAAGGAUAUAAUUACUGAGGGUGAUGGAAGAACUAAGUAUUGA